AUGGCAGCGCCAAUAGAUUCGGUAAAACAAGGAGAUGAGCUUCAGUGUUUGUACGUGGAGGGUCGAGCUAUACAGAGGGCGUUGGCGACUCUGGCAUCAAAUCACGGCGUAUACUUGAAGAAGUAUAACGACACAAGCGAGCGUAUCCAUGCUAAUUUGGUGGACGCACAAAAGGCGAGCAUAGUCACUGUGGCCAAAACUUCAAUCAAAAAUGCCUUUGUGCUAGUUCUCAUCGAUGGCACGAGUCACAAAUUUGUCGACGACUUGUACCGCAGUAAGCAGUCUGGAGGUGCAGCGACUGCGAAACGCCUUCGCGAGGUUGUGAGCGAGCGGGUUGCAGCCAUGCUCCCCGCCAUCGCACGAAGCGAAUAUUCUAUUGUCGUUAAGAUCUUCGCGUGCCUGAAGACCCUCUCGAGCCGUGCUGUCGCAGAAAAGCUUGUCGCGCCGGGCCAUAGGUCGCUUGCAUUUCACUUCGCGGAGUUCAACAAAGUCAGCCCAUUCUUUGAUUUCGUGGACACAGGCGACGAGGGUCAUGUGCCCACUAAGAUCACUGAGAACCUGAGGUGGCAUAUGGCGAUUGAACAUUGCAAGCAUGUGUUCUUCUGUGCCGCUGGGUCACCGAAGUACCAUAUCGCAUUAAAACCGUAUCACGGACAGACGAAGAGAGUGACAAUAGUUACGGGUUCAAUUGCUGAUGUCGAAAUCUGCACACUCGGUCUACACAUGAUAUCAUUUGCCAGAGUAUUCAAAGUAGGCCCGCUGAAUGCGACAAGUAACACCACUGCUAUCAAGCCGGCUUCCAUCGAGGUCACUGUUCCAAAUCCCUCCGCCAUUUCCGUGCCGGCUACUAGUCUUAUCCAUGUCAAUUCAGCCAGCCGAAAUGCGGGUGCGCCUAUUCUGUCCUCAAUUUUACCCAUGCGAGCUCGUCACGGCCGUGUUCCGAUCAAUCUGGCGAAACAGCGGCUUGAUCUUCAGAUGCAACUGCCUACACCUGCAGAACUCCAGGCUUACAAGGAUCACACCAAGAUUCAAGAGCUUUGCAUUGACUUCCACUUACGUGGAUACUACACCACGAAGGAGUGCGAGCUGUCUCAUGGCACCUUGCUGUCAGGAGUGUACUGCGUUCUGCAAUACAAGGCGCUCGGCACCCCAUGUUCCGAGGGAAGCGGAUGCCGUAGCUCGAACUGCGUGUACGCGCAUAUUUGUCAGAAGGAUGAAUGUGCUCGCGCGGGUGGGAAGGCAGUUCUAUGUGGACUUACUGAGGCUAUGCAUAAGGUGGAUCCGUAUGUUGCUGAGUGGGUUGCGGCGAAUAGUAGCGCUAUGCAGAGUAGCGCGUCAAUUCAGGGCAAUGUGCUUCCAGUCACUACAGCUCCGAUGAAUGGUGGUGUCCCAGCAGCGUAUAUGGAUGAUCUCAUCUCAUUUUGA